CACUGUUCAGACAGUUCAGUAGCAACAGCAAGCAGUACAGGAGCAUAAGCCAAGCCGUGAACAUCACCCGAAGUUACUCUCCUUCCUUGAACACCCUCAGUUGCUACAAGAAGCUAACAUUCCCCCUUUCGUAACACCAGAGAUCAACGGAAUUUAUUCAACAUAAGAAAAUGCGACCUCUCUUCAUUGCUUUGAUUCUGUAUCUCGCCCCAACCCUGCAGGCAGGCAGAUUAAGAGGUUGCAUCGAAACCGAUGUUUGCACAGCCAUUAUAUUCAACCAGUUGAUUUUAAAUGGCAUCAGAAACGAUUUGGGACUGGCUACGCUUGACUUCAGAGGACAGCUGUUGAAUGCUGCUGAGGAGAUGAGACAGGCAACGAGAAAUCUAACAGAAUACCACGCUUUGAUAUUCGACCCGAAAGAGUUAGAAGAUUGUUACAAGGAGGGAAACAGGGUAAGCUUAGACAUAACCAAACUGGAGAUAGAAGUGGCGACGCCAAUGCUGGACGAGGACAGUCAUCAGAACGACAUGUCGGCGUUGCAGAGAGAGAAAGACAAUGUCGAGGAGGAAGUAACGUCUCUCCAGGCUGAAAUACGUGAACUCAUGAAGAGCGUGUCAGCUCAGCAGGCGAGCAUAGACGCCCUAGCAGAAGAGAUUGUCAAACUUGAGGGAAAGUCGCUGCAGGCUGCAACCACGAUGCAACCGCCAGUGGAGAGCAUUUGCAGCCCAUCUGCUUUGACUGCAUAGCCAGGGGGCACUGAGACACCAGCUCUAAAGAUCCACAAGACCAUAACGUUCUGGAACAAGCUACACACAAACUAUCUACUGUAAUACCUGCGACUGAGAAUUACCUGUCUGCAUGCUGUUAUAUUAUCUAACAUUUCUGUCAUGUUUUAAUCUUUGAACAACGUUUCUUUUUAUGUACGUUGGAAGUUCUUUGUCCACUUACAGUUGACCGAUUGCACAGGCUCCCAAAAAUAAAUCAGCCUUAAACUGAAGAAAUGCAUUGUAUAAGUGUGAAUUUUCUGCUGUUAAGACUUUUAAUAUAAAGGUCAGUGUAUAAAUGUCAGUUUGUACCCAUUAAUAACAAUAAAGAUAAUAAUAAUGCA